AGAACAGUGUUUUAUUCCCAGCAAAUCUAUCGUCCGCCGCCCAUUUUACGACCAACGGACAGUUAUCCCAUUCGACGCCGCUAUGGAUCGUAUUUGUAAAGCCAGUCGGUUGGCUCGCUUUCUUCAAGAAGGGCCUGUCCCCCUCCCUCUCCACCUGGAAGCCCCGUAAAUCCCACCCGAAGCCGCUUGCAAUUUUGCGGUUAAACCAGCGAUGGGCAAAGGCCGCGAUGCCGCCUCCAGUUACGGGUUCCUCUGCCAAUAGCUCAAGGCUGGCGCAAGGCUUUCGGGUUAGUCGAAAUGAAAAGAGGCGCCGGUUUACUUUUACGAGUAUUGUGCAUGCCGCCGAGAAGUCGUUGCGGGAUUCGCGCGAGAGCAGGGAUAGUUUUCGAACGUGCAGAAAAAUUGAAGCGACGAUGAAAAUGUAACCGCCAGUACUUGGACAAGGGUUGAUAUAUUGACUUGACCAUUACGCAGCAGUGGGGAGUUGUCGGCCAAGAUGGAUGUCAGGCUGAAACCCCGCUCCCCGGCAAGGCACAUCUUCUUCUCACUUCGUGGUUGCAAGCUCCCUACGCACACAUCUAACAAAGUCUCUACUUGAACGAUUUCAUCAAACUCGGCUCAAUCCUGCCCGUUCAGGAAGCUAGACUCUGGCAAUGCCAGGAAAUUCUGCCCGGAGCCCGACCCGGAGCUCGGCUGCCCCGACCCCGCCACGCUCCGCCACGGAGGCCCCUCCUUGCGGAGUGGAUCACACUACCGAAUACAGAUACGAGCCUCUGGACGCCUCCAAAGGGGAGAUCAGACUGGCCAUCCUUCUGCCAGGGCAACUGUAUGACCCAUUAGUCCUACAGCUGCGCAUCGUCCAGCUUAGAGAGCCAGAGCUCCGGGAACCAUGGAGCCCACAUCACAUACCAAAGGCUCUGAUCCAGCCAGCCUUGCCCCCCAAUUGCUCCGUCCGAAGGACUCUCAACAAUCGACUGUUGUACUUUCAGCCCGCAGCAGAGAGCCAUGGACCGCCCUGGAAUCCAGGUUGGAAAGGCACCACGAGUUGGAAACACCCUGUAUCCCAAUCCGAUAGCAUCUUGCCGCCAACGCAGUUCUCACGGGAACCGGAAGACCCACAAUACGAAGCGCUGUCCUACGUCUGGGGGUCGUCGACAGACAGGGAGAUGGCCUUUGUCCAACCUUCAGACUCUGGCCAAGAAGUGAAAUUGGCUCAAGUUUUUAUUACCGUGAACCUUGCCGGAGCACUCAGAGUCUUGAGAGACACGGACCAGCCACGUGCUCUUUGGAUUGACAGCAUUUGCAUCGAUCAAGCCAAUAACGCCGAAAAGUCAUUUCAGAUCGCCCGAAUGGCCUCGAUUUACAGGCAGGCUCGCCGAGUUAUUGCUUGGCUGGGUCACGGAGCGGAUGGCAGCGAGAUGGCCAUCGCCGCUUUCAAGGGAAUAAGCCACGAUGUCGCUGUGGUGGAGGGCGGCAACCCCGUACCUACUCCGGAUGCGAAUGUCAAAGAUAGGGCUUAUAGAUUGCACGACGACCAUUUUACCCCGGAGCAAAUAGUAGCCAUCAGCGCCCUUAUUAAUCGACCCUACUUCGAGCGCCUGUGGAUUGUGCAAGAGGUUCAGUUGGCAGACGCGGGUACCAGUAUUAUCAAAUGCGGAGAUGAUGAAAUGCGCUUGGGCGAUUUCGCCACUGCCUUGUGGUUCUUCUCCAUCAACCAGGCUGUUGCGGCCACGCCGCUUCUGCAUAACCUGGGUCCGGGGUCAGAGGAUGCGAGACAGCGUGUACACCUUAUUGCGACGAUGAUGGGCCCAAACCUGAACUUGACGUCGUGGGAAGAACGCCUCCAACUCUUGCGGACGCGCAAGUGCUUCGACCCUCACGACAAGAUCUAUGGCGCAUUGGGUGUCCUGCCCAGAGAAUUGGCCGCUCUCAUUACCCCGGACUAUUCACUGACGGCCACUGAGGUAUACCGAAACACGUUCACCACAACUUUGAGCGCCUCGUCGCACCUCGUACAGCUUGGCGAGUGUGAAUACGACGAGGGCAGCCCAGGCAUCCCAGGGCUCCCAACCUGGGUUCCAGACUGGUCUGUUCCGCGAAAGACGCUCCCGCUCAAUGGCAACGGCUUUGUGAGCGGCCAGUCCCGCGCCUGGGCCCUGCACCCAUGUCCUGAAAUCCUCAAGGUCACUGGCAGGGCGUUUGGGUUCGUGGAAUCGGCCGGGCCCGUCGCACCCACCGCCACGAUCGACGUGCUGCGGCAGAUCCUGGCGUGGGAGCCCGAGGGCGCCGCCAAGAAGCCUUAUGUGGGUGGCGGCACUGUGUUGGACGCCUUUGUUAUGACCUUGCUCGGAGGGAGGGUGAGGGAAAGACAUUUUGCCUCGAGGCUCUAUCCGCUUGCAAACGCACGAGAGGAGUACUGCGACUUCCGAAAGGUCGAGCUGAACGAGUUCACUGAUAUUAGAAAAAUGGUGGCGGUUAGCUUGAUGGCCUCUAUGAGCAAAUCGCGCUCUCUGAUAACACUGACUGACGGCCACAUUGGGCUCGGACCACCGGGAAGCAAGCCCGGUGACAUCGUCUGCGCGCUACUGGGCUGCAACUCAGCAAUGGUCCUUCGCCAACAGGAAGAUGACAGAUACAUCGUGGUCGGAGAGGCGUACGUAGACGCCAUGAAUGACGCCUGCUCCUUCCUUGGCCCUUUGCCAGACAACUGUAUGGUCGCCGUGCAUCAGAAGCAACUCUUGUUCGUCAAUUUUGACGAACCGGGAGACCACCGGGAAGACCCGCGGCUCGGGCCUCUGCCUGACGCCUGGGAACGUUGCCAGCCGGGCGCAGUGUACAGUACUAUGCCUUGGCUCGACAUUGGAUUUAUGAACCCGGAGACCCAGGAGGCUAGGGUCUGGGAUCCACGUAUGGAUGCGCCUGCUCUUGUGGCCAAGGGAGUCGAGUUGCACGAUUUCCCGCUUAUAUAGUCGAGGGUCACGGUGGUCGCUCAUCCAGAAGAAAGCUCAGGUCAAGCUGCAGUAUGCUAUUGCUCAAAGAAUUGUGAGACGAAGGAAGGUGACGUCGAGGUAUUUGCUCAAAAUCCAACAAUGGCUCCAAGGUGAGUUUUCUGGCUUUCCGGCAAUGUGAGUUAACUGAGCAAAUGAUGACGGAAGAGAGCAGGAAAGCAUGAUCUUGUUCUUUCUCCCUUAUUUGCCUUUCUUUCUUAUUUUGGAGAGGGGUAGUGCAACAACGCAUUGUAGCUGCCCCCUAAUUCUAAGUCUGGCUAAAUAGGCGGGCACCUAUCUACCUACCUAGUUAGGUAGAAAGAAACCUACGCCAUUCGCAUUGUUUCUCGAUCAUCUUUGUUCCUGAUCUUUAGAAUGACAAUACCAAAGGCCCCUGGGUAUGAUAAGCUUUUGAGAACCUUGGCAGGUGAAUGGAUACUGGAGCACACGCUGAAGGGAAGGGAGGGAUAUUUUAAAUAUUAUUCCAAAAUUUCAAUUUAUCCCGUAGCCCCAAGCCUUCAUUAGCAGCCCGAGCCCGCAAGACGCGUCUGAAAACCUUGUUAAGCAGACCUGC